CGAACACGUGUUACAGAUCGCUCCGUGUUUUUAAUAAAAAUUUAUGGAUAAUGUGAGACGUUUUAAUAUUUUUGAUUGAUUUUUGUUGUUGGUCUACUUGCCCAUUGUUUGUACAAUAAUUUUUGUGUAUAUCCGGACAAUCUGAAUAACGUGAGGGAUGAAUUUGAUUUUCUAACCUCAAAGUGUCCACGUGCAUUAUGUUACUUUGAGAUUAUGUCCGAACAACAGGAUUCUUUAUCUAUCGUGAAGACAUGUGUACGUUGUAAUAAUAACCUAGUCCGUGGCGUGGUUUCUUGUUCGGGUUGUGCUCUCCCAUAUCACCCCUCAUGUGCUCGAUUAUCGUCGAAAACCUCUUCUGGAAGUUUUAACAAGUGUUGUGGUUCGCGCCCUAGUUCACCUACUAUCAUGUCUACAGACGACUUUCAAAAGAUGCUGACUGAUGCUAUAGCUGGUCUUCAUGUUAAGCUGUCAGAAGAAAAUUCCGUGGUUUUAAAUACUGUUAAGAGUAUUGAUAAAAAACUUGACAGUCUUGUGGAAAGGGUUUCUUCAAAUGAAAAAACUAUCAAGGUCAUGUCAAGCCGAUUAGAUAAAGUAGAAGGUGGCGACAGUUCUUUUACACAACCUCUCCAUGGGUUUGAAAAACAAAGAUUUGUUGAAGACUCUAAACAUUCGGAACUUGUGGGUAACAAUGGACAAAACCAAAGAACAGUUGGAACAAUUAAAAUUGCUGAAACUGGAGUUGCGGACCCGUCAGGAAGCAGGAGAGGGGAACCUCAGGAUUGUCUACAGGAACAAUAUACCAUAUAUAAUACAGAUAAGAAAGUCGGCAAAGUAGGAUCUUCUUAUCAACAUAUUUCGCAUACGCAUGAUUCUCAAACUCAUCCAACUCGGCCGUCAGAUGGUGUUCUACAUUCUUCUUCCUUCGAAAUUUAUUAUCAAAAUGUAAGAGGCCUGCGCACUAAACUACUAACACUAAGAAAGUCAAUUCCUGUAAACUCAGCUGUUGUUUUUGUUUUCACCGAAACAUGGCUUCAUUCAAGUAUAAAUAGCAAUGAACUUGGUUUUAAAAAUUUUACUAUCUAUCGAUGUGACAGAUCAUCUCUAACUAGUUCUUCCCUUCGUGGCGGAGGAGUGCUUAUUGCCGUGAACAAUGAUUUUCCGAGUGUUUUGAUACCUACUCGUUGCAGUACAAUUGAAAUGGUUUUUAUACGAGUUAAAGUAUUUGGAGUGUGGCAUAUUUUUGGAGCAGUUUAUAUCCCACCCAACUCGAAUGUUAAUGUUUACAAUGAUUUUUUUCGAAACUUUAAAUGUUAUUAGCGACAAAAUGCCAAAUGUGAAUAUUCAUUUGUUGGGGGAUUUCAAUAUGCCAUUUAUUGAAUGGGAAAAUUGUGACACCUCUCUUCCUUCCUUUGGUUCUUAUCUUUUGCCUAAAUUGAAAUACGGUUUCACUGGUGUUCUGAAUAAAAUUUACUUACUUGUUUUGGAAAAUUUAAACGUUUAUAAUUUACGUCAGUUGAAUACUUUUCACAAUAAGUGUGGUUCACUUUUGGAUUUGAUACUGUCAAACAGUGAGUAUAGCAAUGUACAUUUAUCAGAUGAUUUGUUACUUUCAGCAGAUGAUUACCAUCCACCUUUGAUUUAUGUAAUAAAUUCUCCUGUAUCUUUAUAUGAGUUGUGUGACCGCUCUAUUAAAUUCAAUUUUAAAAAAGCGGAUUAUGUUUCUAUUGAUAAAUAUCUAUCUGAUAUUAAUUGGGAUGAGGAAUUUAAAAGUGAAAUAAGUGCUUUAAACUCUGCUGUAAAUUCAUUAGAUUUAAAUAAUAAUAAUAAUUUUUCUGUUCCUAUUGAUAAAAUGAUUUCUAUACUUUGCUCUCAUAUUGAACGUGCUUUUACAUAUUUCAUCCCAAAAAUACGCCAAUUUACAUCAACUUAUCCUGUAUGGUUUUCAAACGAUUUAAAAAAUUUGGUUAUUCAAAAGAAAAUGGCACAUGCUACUUUUAAACGUACAAAUGAUUUAGCUGAUUAUGAGUACUUUUCUGUCCUUCGAGCAAGAUGUAAAAUGCUUUCUGAACAAUGUUAUCAUCAACAUAUUAUUGACACCGAGACUAAUUUAAUUCGUAACCCAAAAGCAUUUUGGAGUUUUAUAAACAACAAUAAAAACAAUAAAAAUAAUUCUGCAUUCCCUAAUGAGAUGUAUUUUAACCAACAAACUGCUAACGACAAUUUUAAUAUUUCUAAUUUGUUUGCAGAGUAUUUUAAGUCUGUUUAUAACACUUCUGAUGACAUGAAUGAUUUUUCUUUCGAUUGCAAUUGUGAGGUUGAUUUAAAUCUUAAUUUAAUAACUAAGAGAGAAAUCGAGGCAAAGAUUCGAACUCUGAAUAAUGCGAAGGGAGCUGGUUGCGAUGGCAUUCCAAAUUCUUUUCUGAGAUCGUGCUGUUCCUCAAUUAUUAAACCUCUUCUUAUUAUAUUUAAUUCUUCUCUUAUAUCAGGUUAUUUUCCUGAGUGUUGGAAACUGGGUAUUAUUUCACCCAUUUAUAAGGGUGGUGAUAGAUCUAAUAUUAAAAACUACCGACCGAUAACAAUUCUUAGUGCAAUACCUAAGCUCUUUGAAAGUUUGAUAUAUGAUCAAAUUUACUCGGCAUUUAAAAAUGUUUUGAUUGAGGAGCAGCACGGUUUCAGAAGGAAACGCUCCACAUCAACGAAUUUAUGCGUUUUUACUCAGUACUUGUCAACCUCAUUGGAUAGAGGACUACAAGUGGAUACAAUUUAUACCGAUUUUUCAAAAGCAUUCGACAAAGUCGAUCACAGUAUAUUAAUGUAUAAACUUAGGGCUUAUGGUGUCUCGAAUCCCACUUUGAGGUGGCUUUCUUCUUAUCUUCAUAAAAGAAGGCAGAUUUGUCGAGUUAAUGGUACCUUUUCUAACGAAUUUUUUUCUUCGUCUGGUGUACCACAGGGUUCCCAUCUUGGUCCCCUUCUUUUUAUAAUUUAUAUUAACGAUAUAAGAAAUUGUGUUCAGAAUAGUAAAUUUUUAAGUUACGCUGACGACUUUAAAUUAUUUAAAGUCAUAGUUUCAAUUUUUUGUGCCCUUGAACUACAGGAGGAUCUUGAUAGGGUUUCCCAGUGGUCCACCAAAAAUCGUCUGCCUUUAAAUAUUACCAAGUGCACCAUAAUGUCAUUUCAUAGGAAAUUAAAAAUUGUCAAAUUUUAUUAUAAUAUAUCUGGUACAGUACUUGAACGGGUGAGUCAGCAGCGAGAUUUGGGAUUAAUUAUGGACCCUGCUCUAAAUUAUAACUUUCACAUUGAUCAGGUUAUUAAAAAAACAUCAAAAGCACUUGGCCAAAUAAUAAGAUUUGGUACAGUUUUUCAUAACCUUCGAGUCCUUAAAAUAUUAUUCUUUUCUCUUGUUAGACCCCAUAUUGAAUGCUUAUCAACCAUUUAUUAUCCUCAAUAUCUUUAUCAGCAAGAAAAUUUAGAAAAAAUACAACAUAAAUUCUUAAGAUUUGUCGCAAAACAGUUGAAUAUACCAUUUGAUUUUUUUAAACAUGAUUAUACUGAAUUGUACUUAAUUACUAAAAUCCCAACUGUCCAUAGUAGAUUUAUAAAAUUGGACCUUCAAUUUCUUUAUAAUAUUAUCAAUAGUCAAAUUGAUUGUCCAGAGUUGUUGUCUCAGAUCUCGUUUAUGACUCCUCAUCUUUGGUUAAGAAACCGUCAAUCAAAUAGACUGACAUUCAAGGUCCAAUAUUCACGCACAAAUCUUGGAGGUAAUUCGCCUCUCUUACGAAUUUGUCGUGAGGCAAAUAGUGCUCACGUCAUGAAAGAUGUCGACUUUUUCGCGAGUUCAAAAUUAAUGUUUCUGCGUGGUUUGGCCACUUAUUUGAAAACCGUUGAUUAGAAUGCGAGCGAUAACACUUAGUUAGAUAAUUCAUGCAAUUUAGAUUUAAGUUAGUUUUAAUAAAAGGGC